CAAGCAGGUAUGUGUUAUGUACAGCUGAAUAUGGUCAGAGAUAAUUAGAGAUAUAUAGAAGUUGAAGGCUGAUCAGAUGUUUGUGUUUCAGUUGUAACUGCUGGACGAGACAUGAGGAUGACUCCAGACACAGAGGAGUCUAUCAGGUGUACACUGUCCGGCUGCAGCUGUGUGUGUUUUAAACCAGGAAGUGUUCAACUCAGGUCAUGUGAUCGCUGCGGACACAGCUGGGUGGCGCACGCCAUGGAGAAGCUCCAUGCCCAGCCUCCCUCCAGCUGCGGCCCAGUAGAGGUGGCUCUUCCUGGGCUGGUGUUCGACUUGAGCUCCCUGGUCCUGUACGGAGCUCAGGCCAUUCCUGUGCGGCUGAAGAUACUGCUGGACCGCCUCUACAGCAUCCUGACCCCAGAACAGGUCAGCCACAUACUGCACACUCUGGGCUGGAGUUUGGGGGAUUAUGUUAGAGGAUACAUGCUGCAGUAUCCCAGUGGGAAAGUGUUGGAUCGCUGGUUAAUGGUGACUCCUGAUGAAGAGCUGCUCAUCCUCAAACAGUUCCUUCGCUUCGGCGAGACGCGCCCCAUCGUCGAGUUGAUGACACUUCAAUGCCUGGCAGCUGUCAGUCACCUCUCUGAUCCAGAGCUAAACCCCACCACAAAGAGAUGCCAGUCAAACAUCAGCACGUUCAUCGAGCAGAGCAGCAGAAUGCCAGGAAUGGUUAGAAACGCAAGAGGAGAGUCGCGUUUGGUGGCCGGCGUCUACCAUUUCAAGAAAAACAAUCCAGCUGACCACAACGGCACUGUCCACCAUUUUGAAAACUUUCCGGAUGGACUGUCUUUGCUUCUCCCGUUCCACUUUCCAAACUCUGCCUAUCAUUGUUUUGCCCCUCCCACCAAGGACCUCGUUUCUCCCAGUAAGUUAACACAGUGUCUACAGAGGCCCAGUGGGGCCCAACUGGCCGACAGACACAGGCAGGACAGAGGAAGAGGAGGGCAGGAGAAUGAUCCAAUUUUGCAGAAAGCCAAAGGUGAACCAGCUUUCAAAAUCAAGACGGACCCCGACAAACCAAACCCGGCCCGGACGCUAUGGCAUCAGAUCCCCCGGUUCCACAUCGACCAGGAGCUUGAUGUUCACAGGGGCAUGGCCAAACAGGAGAACACUUCUCCACUCUCUCCUUCCUUAAACUCCUCACUCAUCCCUACUUCUUCUUCUUCACUCCAUCGAUCCAUCUCCUCUUCUUCAUCGUCUCCUCCAAAGAUUUCCCAGAAGUUGCACGGCUCCUCUUCCUCCUCUCUCCAUCCU